UGCCUCGCUGUGCUGGGGCUGGCCGCGCGGUGCCGCGAUGGCGGGGGAGCGCGCGGCGGAGCUCGGCGCCUUCGCUGCCCUGCACGGCCCAGCGCUGCGCGCCUCUGGGGUGCCCGUGCGGUACUGGGACAGCCUGCGCCGCAAGUUGGAGGGCGAGGUGUUUGAUGCUGGUGAGUUUUUUGGGAUUAUGCAAGUAGAAGAGGUGGAAGAAGAAGAAGAGGGUGAUGAAGAAGUGGAAGAAGAAUUGAAAAAGAAACCAAAUCCUGGAAAUGAACCUUGUUUCAAAGUUAUUGUGACACAUGAGAAUGGGCUUCAAGCAUCAGAUCCCAAUAGCAUUUUUCUUAUCGACCAUGCCUGGACCUACCAUGUGGAACAUGCACACCAGCAGCUGCUGCAAGUUCCUGGUCUGCUUCACCGAAUGGCAAACCUUAUGGGAGUAGAUUUUCAUGGAGAAGUCCCGGAUGAAGGAAGUAUCGAGCAAGUGUUGCAGGAGAUGUGGAAAUACAACCAAACCUACCAGCUAUCUCAGGGGACUGCAGAGGAGAAGGUUCCUGUCUGGUAUAUUAUGGAUGAAUUUGGAUCUCGAAUUCAGCAUUCAGAUGAGCCCACCUUUGCAACAGCACCUUUAUUUUAUAUGUCUCAACAAAUUGCUUACACUGUUCUCUGGCCUUUAAGAGACCUUGAAACUGGAGAUGAAGUGACACGGGACUAUGCCUAUGGGGAAACAGAUUGCUUGAUCAGGAAAUGCAUGUUGUUGCCAUGGGCACCUGCUGAAGUAUUGGAUGUCAACUAUUCUACCCCAGAGCCAUCUGAAGAUCACUACCAGGCUAUUUUAAAUGAAAACAAGGAGAAACUGCCUGUGGCAAUAAGUCCACCAGUUUAUGACAAGAAUAAAAUUUUCAAGGUUUAUACAGACAUUCAGCAAGUCCUCAACAAUUUGAAACACCCCCGUUUUGUGUUCACUGACGACGAGAGAGAUGCUGACAUCCUCUACAAUUUUUCCCACUUCAAAGAUUACAGGAGCCUAAGUGAAGAAAGGCCCCAUGUGAUGUUGAAUCAGUUUCCAUGUGAGAACCUCUUGACAGUCAAGGAUUGCCUAGCAUCCAUAUCCAGAAGAGUUGGAAGGCCAGAUGGGCCAAGAUGGCUUCCUCGUACUUUUAAUCUUCAUACAGAAUUUCCCCAGUUUAUCAGCUACUUUCAGCAGCGUGAAAGAAGGGGAGAAGACAAUCACUGGAUAUGCAAGCCCUGGAACUUAGCCAGAAGUUUAGACACCCAUAUUACCAACAACCUCAACAAUAUCAUAAGGCACAGAGAAAGCAGCCCAAAGGUAGUGUCUAAGUAUAUUGAAAAUCCAGUCUUGUUUCAGCGGGAAGAUGUGGGGAUGGUUAAAUUUGACAUUCGUUAUGUUGUUUUGCUGCGAUCUGUAAACCCACUCAAGCUGUAUGUUUAUGAUGUAUUUUGGCUGCGCUUCUCAAAUCGAGCAUUUUCUCUUGAUGAAUUGGAUGACUACGAGAAGCAUUUUACAGUCAUGAACUAUGCUCCUGAUGUAACACUAAAACAGGUACACUGUGAUGAAUUUAUUCUUCUCUUUGAGAAUCAGUAUCCUGAAUAUCCCUGGACAACUGUACAAGUGGAUAUCUUUAAGGUGUUUGCUGAACUAUUCCAAGCUGCUUCAGCUAAACCUGCACCAUUUGGCAUUUGUGACUAUACAUCAUCACGAGCAGUAUAUGCCAUUGAUUUGAUGCUUAAGUGGGAUACCACCAGAGAUGGGAAAAGUAUUAUGCUACCUCAAAUCCUGGAGGUGAACUUUAACCCUGAUUGUGACAGAGCCUGCAAAUACCACCCAACAUUUUUUAAUGAUGUCUUCAGCACGCUGUUUCUGGAUGAAACAGAUAAUUGUCAUGUGACAUGCAUUGUCUAGCCCCAUACAGCUUUUAUUUUUUUGUUUCUUUUACAGAUAUGCUUAACAGCAAUAUUUAUAUUUGAGUUCUGUGACCUUAUACAAAUAUUUUCCUAUAUUGGUAACCAAGAAAUGUGUUGCAUCAGACAAAUGUUAUAAACUGCAUUUGUAAUCAGUUGCCUGCAUUUUCUUUGUUGUGCAUAGUUUUAUAUACUACCACCUUGUGUUGACCAAUUAUUUUUUUUUUUUUAAUAAAAACUAGUGACAACUACAGAAAUACAACAAUAACUGGAACAAUCAACUUGCCAUUUCUCAGGUAGCCUAAUAUGUCUUAAUUGCUUAGUGGAAAGUGUUUUAUGGUUUUGCUGUAUUGGUGCUGAAACCGUUAUUUACUGAAUAGUUCUGUUUAACAUCAUGCAUCCUUUUGUCAUCUGCAUAAUACUAUGUUUUCCAAGGCCAUUAAUGUUUUGUAUCACAAAGCAUUGCAGAAAGCAAGAUCAUUUAAGGCAGCACCUGGCAAUUUCAGCAAGUAAACUAAUUUAGGAAGCUUGAUCACAAGAAAGUAAGUUUUUUCCAUUAAAGGUCAUUGUACUUUCUCAAAAACUAGUCACAGCUACUGAAAUUCAGCUGUAAAAUCAGUGGUGAUCUAUGAACAUCUGUCUCUCACGGUCUGAUGGUUCUCGGCUUCUGGCAUGCAUGCGAAUACUAACUUACAUAACAGAAGAGCUAUCUUUUCUACCUACCGUGCAGCUGAUUCUUUUUCUUUCAGUUAUACUUCUUUAAGUAAAAACAUUAAAAUGUUAGUUUAUUUCUUACUAAAAACAGCAGAAACAGACAGGAAAAUGUGCCACUGAUUAAAAAAAAAGUAAGAGAAGAUGCCUCUGAAGAACUGUGUUUCUGUUUCAACUAGAAAAAAAGCAUUUCAAUCCUUUGGCUUCUUCAGAAUUGAGGGCUCCAAAAGUCCCCCAUUGCAUAACAGCAUUAGCCAAAUUAAAUACUAAGGGAUGGUAUGUAAACUGGUGUAUGAAAAAAGUCAGAAUAAACUUAAUAAAGUUUCACCUUC